AUGGGGUUCCAGAGAGACUUGCCGUUGCCACCAGUGAAGGAAGCAUUUAGUGAUGACUGGGCAGACACCAUCAACAAGGUAGUCCCCGCGGUGGUGGUUUUGCAAAUAACGACGUGUCGUGCAUUUGAUACCGAAGUUCCAUCUUCUGGCUCUGCCACUGGGUUUGUUGUUGACAAGCAACGUGGUAUUAUUCUGACUAACCGACAUGUCGUUGGUCCUGGCCCAGUUAAUGCCCAUGCUAUAUUUUUAAGCAAUGAAGAAAUUCCAGUACAUCCAAUAUACAAAGAUCCGGUCCAUGAUUUUGGUUUCUUUUCAUAUGAUCCUGGUGCAAUAAAAUUUCUGAAUUAUGAGGAGAUUCCUCUUGCCCCUGAAGCUGUUUCUGUUGGACUGGAAAUCAGAGUUAUUGGAAAUGAUAGCUCUGAGAAGGCAGCAUCUGGAACUAAGCCUGGCUCUAGUGGUUCCCCCAUAAUCAACAAGCAAGGUCAGGCAGUGGCCUUGAAUGCUGGGAGUAGUUCAUCAACUAUGUCAGCCUUCUAUUUACCUUUAGAGAGAGUUGUUAGAGCAUUGAGACUUCUUCAGAAGUGCAGAGAUGCCUAUUCAAAUAAAUGGGAGACAGUUUCUAUACCUCGUGGUACACUUCAGGUAACGUUUCACCAUAAAGGAUUUGAUGAGAUAUGCCGACUUGGUCUUCAAAGUGAAACAGAGCAGGUGCCAGGUUGUCCAGCUUAUAGCCAACUGGAGCCGGGGGAUGUGCUUGUUUGCGUGAAUGGAGAAGUAACUACUGAAUUUUUGAAAUUGGAGACGUUAUUAGAUGACAAUGUUGACCAGAAGGUUGGGUUACAGAUAGAAAGGGGUGGCAUAUCGUAUAUGUUACACAGAGCUGGAGUUCCUUGCAAUGCCAUCAUUAAGAAGUUUGCUGGUGUUGAGAUAUCACAACUUGAAGAACUAAUCUCCGUUUUCUCUAAGCUAUCUAAGGGUGCUCGAGUGCCAUUGGAGUAUCUAAGGCACGAUGAUCGUCAUCGAACGAAGUCUGUGAUAGUCUGUAUUGAUCGCCAUGAAUGGUAUGAUGCUCCAAAGAUAUACACCCGGGAUGAUAGUUCAGGUUUAUGGGUAGUGAGGCCUGCUAUUCAACCUAAGUUCCUGCAGCUGUCAUCUUGCUGUAGUGAUGUUGAACAAGGUCCAAAAAUUGAAUCAUUUUCAUUAUCUGGUGAAUCUACUCUGGUGAAAGUUAUGCAUCAAUCUAACAAACAGGAGUUGGCAAAUGGUGUUGUGAGGAUAGAAGCCAGUAAUGGACAUAUUUCUAAGAAAGCCCGUUCUAGGGAAGUAUAUGAUGUAAAAACAAAGGAGUGCCAAGCACAGGGGCAUUUAUCUUCUAAGGAAAUUGUUGCUGCCAACUGUUCCACCCAUGAAAUUGGAGAAAUUAAAUUGAAGGAUCCAAGUACCACAGAAAAAACAGUUUUAAAUGGCUUUGAAGCUGCAACUUCAGCUGCUUCAUUGGCAGAAAGUGUCAUAGAGCCAGCUCUUGUCAUGCUUGAGGUUUAUGUGCCACCAUCUUGUUUGCUUGAUGGUGUCAAUUCAGUGGAGUCUUCUGGGACUGGUGUCAUCAUUCAACAUUCCCAAGGAAUGGGGUUGGUUGCAAUUGACAAGAAUACAGUUGAAAUAUCUGCAUGUGAUGUGAUGCUAUCAUUUGCUGCAUUUCCCAUUCAAAUUCCUGGGGAGGUUGUGUUUGUUCAUCCUAUUUACAAUUUUGCUCUAGUUGCUUAUGAUCCCUCUGCUCUUGGAGCUGAUGGUGCUUCAAUGGUUCAUGCUGCUGAACUACUUCCUGGUGCGUUUGAUUAUACAGAACCUGCAUUAUGUCGGGGAGAUUCAGUGUAUCUUGUUGGAUUGAGUAAUAAUCUACGAGGACAGUCCAGGAAAUCCGUUGUAACAAACUCAUGUGUCGCGUUGAAUCUUCACCAAGUUGAUCAUCCACGGUAUGGAGCAACAAAUAUGGAAGUGAUUGAACUUGAUUCUGAUUUUGGCUGUGGAUUUACGGGUGUGUUGUGUGAUGAGCGUGGAAAGGUUCAGGCCCUAUGGGGGAGCUUUUCACUUGAGGAUUAUCAAUUUGUUCGAGGUAUCCCGAUAUAUAUGAUAAGCCAAAUAGUUGACAGCAUUUUAUGUGGUGCAAAUGGGCCAUCUCUUCUCAUAAAUGGUGUCAAAAGGCAAAUGCCGCUUAUUAGGACUCUGGAGGUUUCACUUUAUCCCGUACUUCUUUCAGAGGCUCGAAAUUUUGGUCUCAGCAAUGAUUGGAUCCAAGCACUUAGUGAGAAAGAUCCAAUUAGACGACAGGUUUUACGUGUAGAAGGUUGUUAUGCUGGAUCUAAAGCUGAAAAUUUAUUAAAACAAAAUGACAUGUUGUUGGCACUAAACAAAGAGCCAGUUACUUGCUUCCGUGACAUAGAAAAUGCUUGUCAAGCAUUAGAGAAGUGUGGUGACAGUGAUGGGAAGCUUAAAAUAACCAUCUUUCGCCAGGGAUGUGAAGUUGAUCUUCUUGUUGGAACACAUGUUAGGGAUGGGACUGGCACCACACGAGCAAUAAGCUGGUGUGGGUGUCUUGUUCAGGAUUCUCACCCAGCAGUGUGUGCUCUUGGAUUUCUUCCUGAAGAAGGCUGUGGAGUAUAUGUGGCAAAGUGCUCUCUUGGAAGUCCUGCAGAUAGAUAUCGUCUAUGUGAUCUUAAAUGGAUUGUUCAAGUCAAUGGAAAACCAACUUCUGAUUUAGAUGCCUUUGUUAACGUGGUAAAGGAAUUAGGACCUGAUGAGUUUGUACGUGUAAAGACCAUUGACCUGGAUGGGAAGCCACACCUGCUAACACUGAAACAGGAUUUGCACUAUUGGCCUACAUGGGAGUUGAGAUUUGAUCCAGACACCGCAAUGUGGCAUAGGGAGACGAUAAAAUCAUUAGAAUGCACUGCUCUCAAACUUCAGGGAGCAUCUGGAACUAGAGGCGGUUCUAGUGGUUCCCCAGUGAUUGAUAGGCAAGGUAGGGCAGUUGUUAGGGCAUUGAGACUUCUUCAGGAGGGCCGAGAUGCCUUUACAAACGAAUGGGAGGCAGUUUCUAUACCUCGUGGCACACUUCAGGUAACAUUUCUCCAUGAAGGAUUUAACGAGACCCGCCGGCUUGGUCUUCAAAACGAAACAGAGCAGGCACCAGGUGGUCCAGCUCAUAGGCAAUUGGAGAUAGCGGAUGUGCUUGUUGGUGUGAAUGGGGAACUAAGUUAUGCGUUCAAUCGCAUACCACUGAAUCUUGAUUCAUUACAAUUGUUAUGA